CUAAGAUGAAAAGAUUUGUUGAACAUUAUAUUUCAAAUCUAAUGUCAUCUGUGCCGUUCAAUCGAAGUAUCUUGUACAAUUAUGAUUUAUAUAGUUCACUAAUUUGAAACGACUCAUUUUUGGAUUCAGUUGUUGGUAUCUGGUGAGAGUUAAUGAACAAUCAAAACAACAAUUCACAAGGCAAUACAUAUAAAACUGAGUUCAUUCACUUGGAUUAGCACUAUCAUCCGAAUGCAUAUGGAACGUAUUGAUGCUCUUAGGAGUCUAUAAAGAAAUUAUUGAUAAAUUUUUGUUUCUGCUAAUAAGGCGUAAUUAAUUAGUUUGGAGUGUAAUUAAUUAUUAAGACCUCCUUAAGCAAACCUUUGUUAAUACUUUUUGUUUGGCCUAGUCAUGUCUACAUGAACGUACAAGGAAAUAAAUGUUUCUGUGAUGGUCAAAUGUAAGCAUCAGUUUCUAGAGGGCACAGACUUAUGAACACCAGUUAAUGUCGAUGUAUAGAUAGAGGCCACAUUGGACAGAUCCAAGCUACAGAAAUAUGCUUCAAGGAAACCCAUUUUCGACAAUGGUUAUAGUGAAGCAACAAUGUCUAUCCAAUAAUGGCUCCAGUCUGUUUAUUAACGUGUCGCAAAUCGACAACAGCUCUUCAGUUAUAGUCAACAAAUCAGUAACAGGCCAGGCUAGCUCAACAUUGAGGCCGGACUGGGAGGUCAGCUAUGAGCUCAUGUAUGGCCCCAACGUGUCGUGCACCACCCAGCAGCUAGAGCUGCCCAGAGACCUGAGGUUUACCGAUGACACAAUGAUCUCAGUGGUAGCCUACUGCUGCAUGUUCCUCAUGUCCCUGGUGGGGAAUAUCAUGGUGUUCACCACACUCUGGGGCGGCAGGCGCUCCAGGGUAAACAUGUGUAUACUGCACCUUUCUGUGGCGGAUUUGUAUGUGGCUUGUGUAUUCUUACCCCUGGAGACUACCUGGCAUAUCACUGUGUCCUGGCAAGCUGGGGACUUAGCCUGCAGGAUCUGCAUGUUGUUGCGGGCCUUUGGCUUCUAUUUAUCAUCCUAUAUCACAGUGGUCAUUGCUAUUGACCGAUACAUGUCUAUCGUUCAUCCUCUUGUGUUUCAUGGCUCUUUUAAAAGAUGCAAAUUUAUGCUGGCUUCAGCUUACGUCAUCAGCUUUUUCUUCAGUCUUCCUCAGAGCAUUAUUUUCCACGUCGAGUACCAUCCGGUCUACUCUUGGUUCUCUCAGUGCGUGACCUUCAACUUCUUCGAAAGUGACUUUCAUGAGCUGGCCUAUGACAUCUUCAGCUGUGCAGCCGUGUAUGUCACGCCUCUGUUUAUAAUGGUUGUGAUGUACACACGCAUCUUUGUCAAGUUGUCUCACCAACAAUACAAGCACGAAGUAAGGCCAAUGUUAUCCAGCAGACACUUGCGACGAUGGAAACAUAACUGUUUGCCUAUUCACACACAGUUGCGCUGCUCCAGGGCCAAUUACUUGUACAAAGCUAAAUUACGAACACUCAAAAUGACGCUAUGUAUAGUCUGUGUUUUUAUCUUAUGUUGGACGCCUUAUUUCUUUAUGAUAUUAUAUCAUUGGCUAGCCAAAGAUGUGGCAGUGCAGAUGGACAGCAAAAUUAAGCGUGUUCUAUUUAUUUUCGCUGUCUCGAGUUCCUGUCUGGACCCUCUGGUCUAUGGUAAGAUUCUGUUGUCCAGUGAUGCUCAACCUUAUUCGGCCUGCGGGGCAUUUUAA